AUGUCGACACAACUCCGUGUUUCACAGCGCCAACCCCUGGCUUGUUGGGAAUGUACCAGGCGAAAACGAAAAUGUGACAAGACCAUACCCUGUUCGAGGUGCGAGCGGCUAGGACUCAAUUGCAGCCGCGAGGUCGUCCACAUCCGUCGCCAGCUGGGUCGGAAUGGCCUGGAGAUUCAAUUCUUGACCUCCAUCAGGGAGGACCUGGAACGGGCUCAACCGACCGAGAUCGAAAGUGUCGUCCAGAGACUGACGGAUCAUAUCGAGUUACUCAAAUCGGGGACGAGUUUGAAUCCAAACGCCAGCCUUGACCCGGUCCGACUCGAGUCGGGUAAUGGCAACCUCGAUAACGAUGCAACGACGUCCGGCGAAGGACAGGAUUCAGCAAUCGUGACGGCGGUGGAACAUCUGGCUUGGGGCCGCAGUAAUGGCAACUGCUACCCGCAUCGACAUUGUGCUUGUUUAUAUCGACAACAUUGGAUAGCCACGUCCCCGAUGAACAGCCAGUCGUUCGACUUUGCCGCAUCCCCCAUGGCGGCUGUGGCCACCCUUCCAGACUGUGCCGAUGCGGAGAGAUUGGUAUCCUUCCAUCUCACGCGCAUCACCUGGCACCACAACUGCAUCCACUCGCCGACCUUUUGGCGACAGUGCCAGACGUUUUGGCAGACGGGGAAAUGCGACCAUCCCCAGUGGAUCGCCCUGUACUACUCCGUCCUGAGUACGACGUUGUUCUGCGUCCAAAACAGUGCCCAGUUUCUCGAGGAAUGCGACCUCGAAUCCGGCCGGGAAACGGCGCAGCAGCUGUUCAAGACGAUGGUCGAGGUGCUCUACACGAGUAACUUUCUCCAAAACAUAUCCUUCUACGCCGUCCAGGCCAUUGUCAUCUCGACCGAGGUGGCGCACAAUUUCGGGCUGAGCCAGCUCAACGCCACCCUCUUCAGCGCCGCCAUCAGGAUCGCAGAGUGUCUGGGGGUGCACAAGAUUCAAGACGGCGUGUCCCCCCAGUUGACCGCCGAAGAGGCCUGGCAUGAGACGGUCGAAAAGGAGGUGGGCAGAAGGGUCUGGUGCCAGAUGAUCAUCCAAGACUACUUUGCCAUCCCCUUUACCGAUUCCUACACCAUCAAUCCCGCUCAAUAUUCUACCAGUCUCCCCACCAAUGCUCAUGACCAUGAUCUCGCCGCGAGACCAGACUCUGUCCCCACCAUCAGUACAUAUACCCGCGUCCUGGCCACGAUUGCCAAAUUGAUGCCCGACUUGGUCGACGGAUUGGGACCGCUGAACGCCCGAAAGUCCCUGGCAGAACAAUACCAGCACGUUUUACGCAUGGACCAAAAGAUGCGCGACAUUGUGCAGACGAUUCCCGACUUCCUCCUUCGCCAUGACGCCCAAAAGGAGGCGCUGGUGGGCUGGUUGGGGAUUGCCCGUUGCAGUCUUGCCAUCACUGCGGCGGAAAAGAUCAUCAUGAUUCACAGACCAUUCAUCUUCCGGUCGUUUCUCUCCGACGCCUAUGCCCGCACAAGACAGACGUGUGUGUUUGCGGCCGUGACGAUUCUGCGAGAACACGAGAACAUUGCCCGGUCGGGAGAAUUGUGUCUGUGGACUCACACGGCAUUCUGCAUCACGGCUACUGUCAUACUCUGUUUUGAAAUCGUCAUGGGCCAAGCCACCCAUUCCGAGGACCGACACGAAAUGUUUAGGGGGUUGGUCCGGACGGCCACGAGUCGUCUCGAAGGCCGCAAGCACGAUAUCUUGGCCAGGCGUGGGAUCUUUUUGGUCGACGCCAUCCUCGCAGAAGUCGACGACGGAGACGGAGACGGAGACGAAGCCACGACGGAAACAGAAGUUACUGAGAAAUUGAGAGACCCAUGCCCGAAGACGAAGACGAAGACGAAGACGAUUGAUUUUCACGACAUUGUGAAGCGUUUCAGUGCCGAGUGGGCUUUCUUGGGUGCAGCUGAGCUGGCCACGCCGUUUGUCUAUGAGGGGGGACAAGUCUAUGAACAUGAACCACAGGGCGACCCUGACGCAGCUGCCACAGCGGUCGAUGCACAUAAUCUGUCCGUGUCUGCCAACGAGGACUUUGAGGCUUGGUUCAGCGACGUCUUUGCAACGGCCGACCUGGUGCGGUGA